CGCAUCAUGAGGUCCUUGGUCUCACAGCCGCAUGCAGUAGUGGUUGGCCUGUUCUUGUUAGUCCACACACAGCAUAGUCUCUCGUUCAAUCUCGUGAAAACGAGGCUAUCUGUCGGACGCAAUACCGAUGGGGUUAUUGAUCAUGACUUCGCGGACGAUCAUCCCAACGUGAUGUCGAUUCCUGCUUGUCACGGUCCGUUCAGCCCCGACUUACUGACCAAUUACUGGGGACGCUCUCCGCUAUUGAUUCGAUCAGCUUUUCAUGCCGAAGCUUUGACGGAAGUUUGGCCCAGCCAAGCCGAUCUGUUGGAACUCGCGCUCGACGAUGACGAAAUCAGUAGCGAUUCGGCCCGGAUUAUAACGCAUACCUCUGGGCGCCUUGAUUCCUUUGCCUCACAAUUAGGACCGUUCUCCACUUCCACUAUUCAAGGACUUGAACAUGGAGACAAGAUGUGGACUCUAAUCGUCAACGAUGUGGAUCGAUACGUGUCGACACUCGCCGAUUGGAUGGACGACGAAUUUGGAUUCUUGCCCCGUUGGCGUCGCGACGAUGCGCAGAUUAGUAUGGCACGCACGGGUGGGGGCAUUGGUCCCCACGUCGAUAGCUACGAUGUCUUUUUGACUCAAACAUCCGGUCAACGAACCUGGCUCGUGGGAAACACCAUGACGGUCCAAGAAGAAAUGAACACGCUCAUACCCGAUUUGUCGGUCCGCAUUUUGCGAGACGUCAGCAACCACAACGAGAGCUCCCACGCGUAUACCCGACUGGAACUGCAACCUGGCGAUGUGCUGUACCUUCCACCCCGAUACGUACACUGGGGUACAGCUCUCACGGAUGAUUGCGUGACGUUGAGUGUUGGAGCACGGUCGCCGUCAAGUGCCGAGCUGGUAGCGCGAAUCGCCGAAACCAUGCUGGGGUCCGUCUCGGUUCACGCCGUGCAACGGUACACGGAUCCAGACUUGCUACAAGAAGUAAACGGUGCACCGUUACAUUCAAUGACCAAUCACGCCAAAGAUAGUAUGAAGACCAUGGUUCUCGAUGCGGUGCACGAAAUCACGGAUGAUCCGAUGCGUUGGGAUGAACUUGUCGCCAAGCUAGCCACCGAGCCCAAACGGAUGUCAGAGAACGCUCUGGUUCCCUAUAACGAAAUAAAAGACUCCGAGUAUCUGGCAAUUUGGGGAGGAACGCCGCGGGAUGCGCUUGCACGGAUACGCGAAGGUCGGGGCGCCCUCUAUCGAAUAGAAGGCGUAUCGUUUGCCACUUCACGUGUCGAAUACGAUGGGGUAAUAACUGAACGAUUAUUUGCGCACGGAUCAAUGUGGGAAAUUUGUGACGACGAGCUAGCUACGGCAGUUCUUUGCAGAAUAGAGAAAGGCAAGCCAAUCACAAUCAGUCACAUAGAAGGUCUUUCUGCCCCUCUGGCGGAGCUACUGACAAACUUGAUAUCCGAAGGGAUUCUAUAUGCCUCCGAGGAUCUCUCCUAAGGUAAAUAAGGAAUAAUAUAAUUGUGCUAGUGU